CAACCCACCCACACCCAACAGGGGUUUCGUCUCUGUUUUCCAUCGCGGCGGUGCGGUACCCUUGUUGCGUUCUAUUGGGGGUGGCGGAAACGGGCGGCGCGGGAGUUCUCUCUUUCUCACUCGCCAGCAACCGGGAGUCUAGGGAAAACUGGCACUGGCUUUGUUCGGAGGCUUCUCUCCCAUCGUCAUCGUCGGGCCCAGAGUGAGUGCCUCUACUCACUGCAAACACGCGCCCGCCAGCAAGCCCUGCCUGGGGUCGGGGUCGGGUCGGGGAAGUUUGAAUAUGGUGAUGAUAAAAAAAAUAUAUUUGAGGAUGUAUGAAAUAGUUGAGAUUUUGCCUUCGGUUUGUCUGCAUUUUUUGUGUGUUUGGCGAGGGAGCGUGAUCGUAGGAAAAAAAAACUCACGUACAAAGUUGUCUCACCGCAGCAGCAGUACGGAAGUCACAUUGUCACAAGUUACGGGUUUUCGGUCGACGUCCCGUGUCUCAGCCAUAGUCCGCUGGCGACGUUGUUCGGUUCGAGUUUCGCCGUCCGUCCGGUUUUGGUUGACGUCCGGUUCCGCGUGGUUCCGUUACUCGUUUGGGUGCCGGGCUCGCUCAGUGUCUAGUGAAAGUGCUCAUUUUGGCAACACAGCGGUCCUCGUGCUGCUGAGGGAGGUGCCUCGCGAGUGAUAAUUAAAUUACCUCACGCGGCAGCACGCUUUUCAAAAGCUGGUGUGUGUCUUGACCUACAUUUUCCCUCUCCGAGGACCCAAGGGAGCAAACCAAAGCCCAACACAGUCAAGCAGAAGGAUUAGAGACAAAACGAGGCCCCUCUUCUGGGCUGGCUGUGGCUGACUGUCGUCGUCGGCGCCGUCGUUGUCGUCGUAGAGGAUACUAAUUACACGACCACAAUCAACAGCAGUUAUUCGCCACCCCCACCCUCCUGCAGCCUCCCCAUCAUACCACCUUUAGACGAGGAGGUCUCCAUUCGACAACGAGUGCAAUUCGCAACGGGUCGCGUUUCGGCGACUGGAGAAGCAAGGAGUUCUUCGGUCGAAUGGCUGCGACGACGGCGGCCAGGUGAAGAUGUGAUGCGCACACCAUGUUUACGCCAUCACCCGUGUUCCCGUGGCUCUGCAACGAUACUAACCGCAACGGUAUCCAAGAACUGUCAUCACCAUCAUCAUCCUCAUCCUGCUCUUCAUCGCCCGGUAGCUACGGACCGACAUCGUUGACAUUGCCGGUCACCUCCUCCAGCGGAAGCCGCCGACUGCUUCGUACAUUCCGCCGACAGCGACUACGACGAAGGUCCAACUUACGGCUAUCGUGACCGCCGUAGAAAACAAAAAAAAAUACAGAAACAGAAGCCCACAAUCUUCCGCAUGUUUGUGGUGGAUCUUCGCGACCGACCAACAUCAAUCAUCCGAUAAUUAAUUGACACAGUUUUAGCCCCGGGGGUAAUUUAUGGUUCGCCUUUGAACACCCCGUGUGGACCAUACGCAGCGACGCAACAACGGUUGCGCGCCCCGUGAAUCGAGAGCCACAUACCGACGAACCUCACCCGACUAAGGCGAAAACUACAGCAACAGCAGCAAACGAGCCGAGAAGAAAAUGCUAAAGGAUCUCAUUGCGGCCGAAACGGUGACACCUGAAAAAUGUGCCGGAUGUGGGAUAUCCAUAAGAGAUCGAUAUUACCUGCUGGUAGCUGACCGGGCGUGGCACAAUCAGUGUUUACGCUGUUGCAAGUGCCUCGCCAACCUAGAAACGGAACUGAGCUGUUACGCCCGCGAAGGCCACAUCUACUGCAAGGAUGAUUACUACCGCCAUUUUUCCUCCCGACGGUGUGCCCGCUGCGGGUCUGGAAUCAGUGCAUCCGAGCUGGUGAUGCGAGCAAAGGAUCUGAUAUUCCACGUGAACUGCUUCUCCUGUGCGAUAUGCGGUCAGCUCCUGCGAGGAGGUGACACCGCCGGAAUCCGGGACGGUCGCAUCUUCUGCGGAGAACACUACGACACCGAUGUGCUCAGUGAACCAGAAACAAUUUCACCACAGUUUUAUCCCGGUGGACAUCAGCCCCUGCAACCGCACCAACAGCAACAGCAGCAGCCCCAGCAGCCAUCACAGAAGGGACGACCUCGGAAGCGAAAGCCAACGCCGCAGCUGCUAGAUCCCCAGAUGCAGCAGCAGCAACAACAAAAUCAACCACCUCCGACGCAUGAACCAAUGGAUGCCGGUACGCCACUGCGGUUAGACCUACUGCACAAAGAGAUGAGCGUAAGCAGCCUGGAUCUUUCCUCCUACGAUGGAAGCCAAUCGCCCGGCUCCGGAGGAACCCUCACACCCAACUGCCGUACCAAAAGGAUGCGUACGUCCUUCAAGCACCACCAGCUCCGGACGAUGAAAUCUUACUUCGCGAUCAACCAAAAUCCCGAUGCCAAAGAUCUGAAGCAGCUAGCUCAGAAGACAGGACUGUCCAAAAGGGUUCUCCAGGUCUGGUUCCAGAACGCCCGCGCCAAGUGGCGACGAAACGUGAUGCGCCAGGAUGGCGGUCUCGUGAAUCCAGGUCAACCGCUCGGAGGUCUGCCAUCGAUAACGACCGCCAGUUUGCACCACCAUCACCAUCACCUCACCAGUGCCAAUCCGAGCAACAACAACAGCAGCGACGGAGACAUGUCCUCCAGCCAAGCCCUGGAGGAGAUGCACAAUAUGACCUUCGCCGAACUGUACUGACACAAUUUGAUGAUCAAGAAUAUGAUCCUAUCCAAUGUGAUCAAGCUGUCGCAGCAUCAAGCUCCACCGCCAACGACGACUCCAUCGGUACCACGACCGCCUCAAGAUCCGCAGCCAUCGCAACUGAUCGUUCCACGACAUGCUGCUGUAGAUUCGAGGGUGGAUCUGAACGCCAACAACUCGUCGGACCCGGUGGCGGCGGCGGCAGCGCUCGGGACAGAUGAUUGCGGCGAAGAAAUGACACCCAGCUGGAGCAGUAUUUAUUCCGAAACCAAUCAUUAGAGGCAGAAGGGUUUAAUGUAUUAUAAAACAAGUGCAAAAGUGAGGCUCGGGCUGGUGCAAUAGAAUUAACAGGUGAUUAACAUCGACACUAAUUACACGCUAGUUUUCACGUCUAGUUAACGACGGCGACGGGAGGAGAGCCAGUAACGGCCGGUGUUGUAUCAGAGACACAAAUCAGAGGGCCGACAGGGCACUUUAGCGACAAAAUGUCUGUCAGUCACGCGAAUUCCAGCAUACAAAGUAGUGCACGCGGUUUUAGCAAUGUAGUAUAAUUGAAAACACGGUAUGCUGGCACACUGAGGUAAAAGAGAGGACGUUGUCGUUUGUUUUGAUGGUUUGCUGCUAAUCGGAACAUAAUGU